AUGCCGAGCCACCCGCCUUGCUUCUUUAGCCCGUGCCCGCUGCCCGCGCUCAACGUCCACGGCGUGUACAAAUGCGCCACCCACAGGUACCGCGCCAAGUGCAAAGUCAUCGCGUGCCCAAACCAAGCGUACGCGCGCAACAUGUGUGUCCGCCAUGGUGGGAAAGCGACGUGCAAGGUCGAGACGUGCCAGUCCAAGUGCCGGGUCGGCGACUACUGCAUUCGCCACGGCCCCUCGCCGACGCGGCCUCGCUGCAGCGAAGUCCACUGUGACAAAUUGGCCCACUCUUCGACGGGCAAGUGCUCGCAUCACGGCGGUGGUCACCGCUUUUGCACGAUCGACGGGUGUUUUUCCAAAGGCCAGCAUGGGGAUGGUUUGUGCAGCUUUCACCGGCACGUGCAAAAAGCAUCUACCAACCACACGACACAAGACGAUUGCGCCACAGAGUAUCACGACAAUGCAGCGCUCAUGGCGUUGCUCAUGGACUCGGACUGGGCCUUGGACAUUUGGGACAUUCCAGACGUCCACCCGUGCAUGGUCGAGUGCCUCGAUUCCCUCUACUACCCAGCUGCGUCGCUCCUUUAAGUGUUUUUCAACGUGAUUGUUAUUCUCGUC